AUGGACGCAGUCCACGUCGAUGGCGCGAAAAAGGCGCCAGGUGACUGGUCGCCCGAUGCCUGUCGUACUGUUGCUGCCGAACUCACCAAUACACUCGAUCUAGGGGCGAAUCGUCAGUCCGUCGUCGAAGCACUCGUCUUUAUCCAUUUCUCCGUAUAUACCUUUGCCGAGCGAUUGCGACGACGCCAAGGUCGAAGGUUCCAUCAAUCACCACGCCACUUCCUCGGCUUUAUCGAAUACUAUGUCCAAGUCUCGAACCAAAAACGAGACGAAUUGGAAGAUCAGCAGCGCUUCCUUCUCGUCGGUCUCGACAAGCUUCGGUCCACAGUCGACCAGGUCGAAGAGCUUCAAAAGAGCCUUGCAGUCAAACGAACCCAACUCGAAGCCAAGGAUGCCCAGGCCAACCAGAAGCUGCAGAGUAUGGUCAAAGACCAGCAAGAGGCAGAGCAGAAGCGCGCAGCUUCCAUCGAGAUCCAAGCAGCUCUAGCAAAUCAGGAGCAAGAGAUUGGACAGCGUAGACAGGUCGUCAUGGCCGACUUGGCAGAUGCGGAACCCGCCGUUCAAGAUGCGCAAGCAAGCGUCAGCAACAUCAAGAAGCAACACCUUACAGAAGUCCGAUCCAUGGGUAACCCACCUCUUCCCGUCAAAAACGCCAUGGAGUCGGUCUGCAUCAUCCUCGGUCAUAAGAUCGAAAGCUGGAAGACGGUCCAGGCUAUCAUUCGCAGAGAUGACUUCAUCGCUUCCAUCGUCAAUUUUGACACCGAUCGUCAGAUGACUCGUCAGAUCCGCGACAAGAUGAUCCGCGACUACCUGUCGAAACCAGAUUACAACUUCGAGACUAUCAACCGUGCAAGUAAGGCUUGUGGUCCACUUGCCAAAUGGGUCAUUGCUCAAGUUCGCUUCUCCGAGAUCCUCGACAAAGUCGGCCCCCUUCGUGAUGAGGUGCAGUCGCUUGAACAGCAGGCAGAAGACACCAAACUCCAAGCAAGUCAAAUCGUCGACAUGAUUGCAGAGCUCGAGAACAGUAUCGCCACAUACAAAGACGAGUAUGCUGCUCUCAUCAGCGAGACACAAGCCAUCAAGGCCGAGAUGGAGCGUGUUCAGAACCGUGUCUCACGUUCCAUGCAGCUGCUCGAUAGUCUUUCUUCCGAAAAGCACCGUUGGCAAACAGGCAGUCGAACAUUCGACGAUCAAAUGAGCACCAUUAUCGGUGAUGCUUUGCUCUCGGCUGCUAUGCUUGCCUACGCUGGCUACUUUGAUCAGCAGUAUCGCGAAUCUAUGUGGCAGUAUUGGUCAGAUUACCUUCGACAGGCCGAGAUCAAGUUCAAGCCAGAGCUCUCCUUCGCCGAUUAUCUCUCCACAGCAGACGAGCGUCUCGAAUGGCAAGCAAAGUCACUUCCCGCCGAUACCCUAUGCACAGAAAAUGCCAUCAUGCUCAAGCGCUGGAACCGAUAUCCGCUCAUCAUCGACCCUUCUGGACAGGCUGUCGAGUUCUUGCUCAACGAAUACAAAGUGCAAAAGCUCACCGUGACCAGCUUCCUCGACGAGGCUUUCCUCAAAGCUCUUGAGAGUUCGCUUCGUUUCGGCAAUCCGCUACUCAUCCAGGAUGUCGAGUACUUGGAUCCCAUUCUCAACCCUGUCCUCAACAAAGAGCUUCGAAGGACUGGUGGUCGUGUUCUCAUCCGUCUCGGCAGUCAAGAUAUCGACUUUUCGCCCUCCUUCAACAUGUUCCUCACAACACGUGAUCCUUCGGUCGAGUUCUCGCCCGACAUUUGCAGUCGAGUCACCUUUGUCAACUUUACCAUGACACGGAGCAGUCUGCAAAGUCAGUCGCUUGAUCAGGUUCUCAAGGUGGAACGCCCUGACACCGACCGGAAGCGAACCGAUCUUAUGAAGCUGCAGGGAGAGUUCCGUCUGCGACUCAGGCAUCUCGAACGCUCGCUUCUCACAGCUCUCAACCAGUCCGAAGGCAACAUCCUCGACGACGACAAGGUCAUUGACACACUCGAGACGCUUAAGAAGGAGGCAGCUGAAGUCACUUCCAAGGUCGAGGAGACCGAUGCCAUCAUGCAAGAGGUUGACCAGGUCACUGCCGAAUACGUUCCGCUCGCAAAAGCAUGCAGUUCGGUCUUCUUUGUGCUUGAUCAGCUUCAUCUUAUUUCGCACUUCUACCAGUUCUCGUUGCGCUUCUUCCUUGACAUCUUCGACUUUGUCUUGCGUCGCAACCCGCACUUGAAUGGUGUCACAGAUCCCAAGCAGCGACUUGAUAUUCUGAUGCGUGAUCUCUUCCUUGUCGUCUUCCAGAGGACGAGUAAGGCGCUUGCCCACCACGACCACGUCAUGCUUGCUAUGCUACUGGCUCAGAUCAAGGCGCGUGAAGAGGGUCACGCAGAUACACUCGACAGCGAGGAGUACGAGUUCUUGCUAGAGGGCGGCAAUGUUGCGGCUGCUGCUAGUGGGAGCAAUGAUAUUGCACAGACAAAUGGCAGCGCACAGCGUCGAGGCGACGGCGUGGUCGAAGCUAUGCUUGAUGAAGAGCAGCUGGCCCGAGUUCAGGUCUUCAAACGUCUCAACUUCUUCCGCACCAUUGAAGAGCACAUGGAAGCCCACACGGAAAAGUGGCUCGCCUUCCUCACCUCCAACAGUCCAGAAACAGCUGUACCUAACUUCUGGUCACAAGAGGGAGACGCUAGCGACGACUUGGCGGAUCAGGUCCGCAAGAUGCUUAUCGUCAAGUGUCUGCGUCCUGACCGCAUCGUCCAAGCUAUGGCUGCUUUCACCUCGCGCAUCUUCGGUCAGGAUGUUCUCGGUGAUCCCGGAUAUGACUUGGGGAAGAUCGUUCACGAAGAGGUGGACGCAAGCACAUCUAUCGCGCUCUGCUCCGUCCCAGGCUACGACGCGAGUUACCGUGUUGACCACCUAGUCAAGCUCGUCAGCGCAAGAUGUACGCCUGUCGCCAUGGGAUCUCAAGAAGGUUUUGCUCUAGCAGAUCAUGCCAUCACCUCAGCCGCACGCACAGGCAAUUGGGUCUUGCUCAAGAACGUUCACCUUGCACCCAGCUGGCUCUCACAGCUGGAAAAGAAGAUGCACGGCCUCAAUCCUAACCGCAACUUCCGGCUCUUCCUCACCUGCGAAACCUCGCUUUCAAUCCCGGUCAACUUCUUGCGCGCAUCACGCAUCUUGAUGAACGAACCACCACCGGGGAUUCGCGCUAGCAUGCUCGACAGUCUCAAAUCCAUUGCACCUAGUCGGUUGCAACGUGGACCUGCCGAAACACCACGACUUUACUUCUUGCUUGCUUUCUUCCACGCAACUUUGACUGAGCGGUUGCGGUACACGCCAUUGGGCUGGUCUAAACCGUUCGAGUUCAACGAUUCAGAUGCGGAAGCGGCACUGGAUAUCAUUGAAGGGUGGGUGGCAAAGGUCGCAAAAGGUCGAGCUAAUGUUGAUCCGCAGCAACUGCCUUGGGAUGCAAUUAGGUCGUUGCUGAAGCAGAGUGUGUAUGGUGGUAAGAUCGAUAAUGCGCCGGAUCAGACGUUGUUGGAUUCGUUUGUGGACGAGUUGUUCUGUGCUGCGGCGUAUGAUGUUGAUUUUCAGCUGGUGAAGCAUGAGAAGGAUCCAUUGGUGGCUCCGGAGGGUACCAAGAUGGAAACGUUCAUAAGUUGGGUGCAGGCUUUGCCGGAGCAGCAGCCUCCGCAGUGGCUUGCGUUGCCACCGAGUGCGGAGAAGGUCAUUGCAGCAGCGCAGGGUACAGCAUUGAUGAAUAAGUUGGUUAAGAUGAAACAGCUGGCUGAUGAUGAUGAUGAUGAUGAUGAUGAUGAGAACAUCGAUGGUGUAGCUCAGAAUUCUUCUGCGAACACAGCAGCGGGAGAGGGUGCGGGUGCGGGUGCGAGUGCGGGUGCGGCAUCGGUUCAACCUGGAUGGAUGAAAUCUCUCCGAACAAACGCUCAACAGUGGCUUUCACUCCUUCCCUCCACCGUUCCGCCUCUUGCUUCUGAUUCCGGCUCAGUGCAAGACCCUUUGUAUCGUUUCUGGGCACGAGAGCACCGUACCGGAUCCUCGCUCCUCUCUACGGUCCGUUCGGAUCUCCAAGAAGUUGUCUCGGUAUGUGACGGCCUUUCCCGCCAAACGAACCACAAUCGAACCCUGCUCAUGGACCUGCCCAAAUCCACGAUCCCGUCAACAUGGCGUCGCUACGCAGUGCCCAAAUCCACGACUCUGGCCGAAUGGAUCCUCGACCUCCGCGCACGUCUGGACCAACUCGGUCGCAUUAUCCGCGAAUCCUCCUCCCUCGGCUCAACAUACGAUAUGGCAGAGGUAAUACUCGGACUUCUCUUCGCCCCCGGUGCGUACCUUACUGCGACACGACAGAGCGUUGCACAGGAAAGCAAAGUCAGUUUGGAGAAUUUGGAAUUAAGACUGAGGUUGAAUGAUAAAGCGGCGGGGUUGGAAAAGGGAGUGUUCGCGUUAAGAGGAUUGAAAUUGCAAGGUGCUGAUUGGGACGGUGGCGUGGGAAAGGUGAGGUUGAAUGAUGGUGGAGUGACAAAUUUGGGGGUUUGUGGGUUGGUUUGGGAGCCGAAGAAAGAAGCCAACAAGCAAGGCGGGGAGAAGAGGGUGUUGCUCAGUGUAUAUUUGAACCAAGAUAGGAGUCAAGCACUGUUUGCGACGAGAUUGCAGUUCGAAGAGGGCGUGGAGGCGAAUAGGGUCGCUCAACGAGCUGUUGCAUUGCGUGCAUCGUGA